AAAAACGAAACAAAAAACUAGAUGUAAGGCGGCAUGGCCGAAUGCACGUAGGCGCACGUGUGCCAAUCUUGUGGGUGUGAAUGCACUUUGAGCACGAAAGCUCACGAAAUGGCAACAGUCGUCGUUCUCGGCGGUGGAAUCAGUGGCCUCACCACGGCAUACUACCUUUCCACUCUUGGGAAGGAAGCCGUGAAAAAAAUCUUGCUCAUAGAAAGGACUGCGCGCCUGGGUGGCUGGAUUCGAUCCACUGCACUACCUGAUGGGACAGUAUAUGAACAUGGGCCUAGUUCAUUGCGUGCUGGUGGUAAAUCUGGACGAAACGCCUUACAGUUGGCUCAGGACCUGGGAUUGUCUGAGCAUGUGCUGGCAGUGCCUCUCUCCUCACCAGCAGGGCAGGAGCGACUGGUGCUGAACAAGGGCCGCCUAACCCCGCUGCCUAGCACCUUCAAGGAGAUGCUGUGGCCUGGUCAGAUGUUUCGCACCCCCCUGCUGCUGCCUCUUCUGAAGGACCUAUUCUUUGCUGGCCGCCCUAGUAUGGGCAGCGACGAGAGUGUUCACGACUUCAUGGGAAAGCGCUUCAACAAGGAAGUUGCCGACUACAUUAUGGAUCCCGUGACACGCAGCCUGUGUGCUGGCUGCUCGAAGGAAAUCAGCUUCCGGUCGCUGCUGCCUAAUGUCUUUGAGGGUGCCAUGAUGCAUGGCUCGUUGGUCAAGGCUCAGGUAAAGCAGACCAAUGAGGCCCAGAAUACCGUGAACAUGCUGAAAAUGGAAGAAGGUGGUGCUGACAGCUUGGCUGCCCGCUCUAUCGGAUGGUCCGUAUGGAGCCUACGCCGUGGCCUGCAGCAGCUGUGCGACACCCUCGCGGAAAAACUGGACGAAGCACCCAAUGUCCAUGUGUACGUCAAUGAAGCCAACGUGUCGUUGAAACCAAGUCCUGAGGGCCAAAUCUUGGUGUCAUUUGCAGAGUUAGCAAUGCCUGUGGAUCACAUCUUCAGCUGCAUUCCAGCACGAAAGCUGUCCCAACUACUGAUCCAUGAUUGGCCAGAGCUUGCUCAGUCUCUGCUGUCUAUACCAUCUGUCCAUAUAGCAACUGUCAACUUGGAGUUCAAGGGUCAGUUGCUUUCCCAUAAGUUCUCAGGGAUCAUGGUUCCUUCCUUUGAGGUCCCUCACCUGCUUAACAUCAGCUUUGACUCUUGCUGUUUUCCUGAGCACGACGGCCAGUAUGACACGAAGACCCGCAUGACGGUUCUGAUGGGGGGCCGUUGGUUUAAGCAAGCUUUUGGAGAAGUGGACAGUGCCGACCCAGAUGUCAUAUUGGAAGCCGCUAAGGACGCUGUCAGGACAUAUCUUCACAUUGAUGAGCCACCUGUCAGGCACCAUGUGAACGUGCUCAAGGAAUGUGUUCCACAGUAUCUGGUUGGCCAUCUCGAGCGCAUGUCAAACAUUUGUGAGACUAUCACCGAUCACAAGCUGCCUUUGACCCUGCUCGGAUCAUCCUAUCGAGGACCGUCUGCCAACGAGUGCAUCUAUCAUGCAAAGCAAGGUGUUCAGGAGUAUCUAGAAACCCUACAUGCAUAGUUGACAUUUAUGUCAUGUUCUAGUAUGUUGACUGUAACCAAUGCAGCAGUGUGUUGUCUGCUGCACUUUUCGGCUGGGAGCUGAAAUAUUAGUAUCAUCUACGAUGUGUUUUAUCGAGUACGAUACAAAUGCUGUACAGCAGGGGUUGCAAAUAUUUUUGACAUGGUGGAAGCUAAUAUAGCUUUUCAAUGUAGUGGGGAACCCUGCAUGCUUCUUCCAUGUCUCCCCUCUCACACCUACCUGCCAGAUGUGCAAGAGUACAAAUGCACGAUGACCGGGUAAUUUAAUUAAACAGGCUAGUCGCAGAGGUAACGGGACUAAUUUAAUUGUGAAUGGUCACUUUGGUGAAAAGGCGACUGUUUCAGCUCACUCUCGCUGCUUAAUUUUUCAGCUGUGCAGCUGGAGUCACAAAGCAAGCUGCUGAACCAAUUAGUGGUGCAUUGGAGCAGAACAACAAAACGUCUCAGUGCUUUCAUAUAUUGAGGAACUUGCAAUUUCAAUGAGAGUGGCACCCAACUUGCUUGCUGCUGGCAAAGGUUUCGUACGUUUCACCAUGGUUCAAAUACAAGACAAAAAUCAUCACGUGAUUACGAUAAUUCUUGUUUUAAAAAGAAACAGUAUGUUUGCUCUGCAAUUUAGAGAUAGGUUUUGAGAGCGCUGCUCUGGUGAUUGAAGUGUUUUGAACGAGAUAGUGCAGUUGUCAUCAGAGCAAAGGCUUUAUAGCUUUUGUAAAAUAUGUCGAUGCAUGAGGCACACAGCUCUGUAGCUUCGCCAGUAUGCUUCAGCAUCAAAAAUGGUGCAAGACAGGCUGGUUCAGGCAUUGUGCUGAUGCUUGUGCCUUUACGAGGGUGUUUUCACUCUACCUUUACUUGUUACAUAACACAUCACCAUAAGUUUUUUAUUGGUUCACAGUGAAGUGACAGCACCAAUUUCAUUGACUGUGUGACUGCGUGGCCAACUUGGAGGAGAGUAUUCGCAGAGCAAUCGCAAAGAUAAUUUGGUGACUGUAGUAGUUGCAGAGUGACAGAAAUUGCAUUGUCAAGUGGUGAAAAUUGCAGCUUGUGAAAUAGCCUUAAGGGCGGCUGCUUGUUUGUUUUCGUACUCUAAAUCACCUGAAGUGUUGAGGCAAAAGAAUGCAGUAGGUGUGCUGCUCAUUGAAAGGCCACUGGAAGGCAAUGAUUAAGGCGGUAUUGUAGCUAUGGGGGAAGGGUGUUGGAAGAGUGUGGCAGCUCAAGCUGCUUAAGACACUUGCUGGAAUCCACUUUGGACACCCCUGCUUUACAUAAUACUCUCUUUAAGGCUAACAGGCCUAAUUCUUUAAUAAGCUGACCAGUUCAAAAGACCUUUGGAUAUGGUGUACUUGUGUUCAGCUGAACUUUUGAUAGGGCAAAUGUAUUUCCAAUGUCCCUUCAAGUUAGUCCUAAAGGAAGUCUACUUUACUGUCAAGCAUCCAUACAGUGAACAUGAAUAUAACUAAAGUAAACCUAAAAUGUUUCUUACAAUUAUCUGCAUGCAACUAUUAUAUGCUUAUAGUGUAUAUUGUGGUAUUUAACAGCGGUAGUUUUGUGCCAUAUGCAACUUUGUUAUAACAAGGUUUCAUUUAUUGUUAUUGCUUUGGAUGUGGUGAACCAAUGUUCAGCUGAACUUUUGCUAGGAUGAAGAUAUUUCUAAUGUACCUUCAAGUGAGUCUUAGAAGGAGUUUACUGUGCUAUAUUGUAAUGCUUUUGUGCAAGGUGUUUUAGGGACAUUUAGUGAGUAUUUGUGGCAUGCCAGGGUAAUGGUUUUGUGGUGCGAAUGAAUGCACUAUUUUUUUUUAAGAGGGUGCUUCAGAAAGCUGGCAAUAUGCUUGACAUGAAAUAUAAGAAAGGCUGUGAAAAAGCCAGCUUGAAUAUUGACUAUUUUAGUUUAAAAUCUGGGGGCCAUUGUGUUGACCUGUUAAUGUGGAAGGUUUCUUACUGUACUGCACAACAUGUGGCGUUUGCAGUCAUUCAAGUAGUAGAAUACAUUUAUGCUCAUCAUCCCACGAAUGUGCUAAAUGAACACUGCUAAUUGCAAGAGUUCGAAAAAUUCAGUUUGAGAGCAGGUCUUUUUUUUUUUUUUUAACAUUGUGGCACUCAUGUAAAACUGAAAUGUUCUAUGCCACAGAAACAACAAAAGAGGCCAAAAACUUAUGGUUGGUUGGCCAGUUUAUUGUGAUAAAUGCAGGCCAUGCUUCUUUUUGAGUAAACCUGGCUGAGCUUAGCUGUAAUGUUGACGUAAAGUGAAAUGAAAAUGAGGCAAGUAGUCUAGAAGUUACACUGAUGAUUUUUGUGGUGCAUGCGAAGUGAGUGUGAGUCAAGCUUGAACAAUGAUUUCUCAGGUUACAGCACGUGUUUAGAACAGCUGUUGCAUUUCUGCAGUGCAUGUUCAAGAAAUUUUGUGUUGGAACUUUUCUUGUUUAGCUAUUCCUGUUUAUAUUUCAGUUUGUGGUGAUGGUGUAAGCCAAGAUGAGGGGUUGUUGAGGUAGUUUCCAUGUUGCGUUUGUAAGGAUUGUUCUUAGGAUAUUUUUCCUUGAAACAAUUUCUCUUACACUUACUGGAAACAGUUUUUGCUGACUUAUAUGCGGUUACAGUUGAAGCAAAAGUGAGUAAAGUGGUUAAGGUGAGAGGAUUGCGAACAGUCACGCCAUAUUAUACGUACUGGACAUUUGUGUAUGUGUGUGUCUUGUUUGGAUAGGUAUAAAUUGUUUAGUGGAUUUUCUGUCCCUCAUUGAGUGUGAUUACUAGGGGACCUGGUGCGCAUUUGUUUUCUGAUGCAGGUAAGAUUUGAGUGUUUUGCAUGUUAUCUUCAGCAUGCAUAACAUAGACAUAGUGAUGCCUUCAGCUGAACUACAUCACAAUGACCUGGCUAAAAUACCAAUAUUGAUUUUGUAUUGAAUGUGUCAUUUAUAUCCUGGUCAUUAAGUGCCAUUAUGUAUGGUAUGUAAUAGUGCCUUGCUGCAAAGCAGUUGACAGGUAAAUUUGAUUGUGUGUACAGUAGUAUUAAUUCAAGUGCUGUGAAAUCUCAUUGAAGAGCAUUUGCUACUUCAUUUAGGAGCCUAAAUGCAACAAUAAUCAGCGCUUUUAGCAUGCAAGCAAAACCAGUUUCAUUAGAAAAUGGUCCAUUGUUGGUUCUGCCCAUAUUUUGUGUAUUGAAUGCUGUUUAUGCAUUCUGUAGCUUUGCAGAUGUCUGCUAUUCAGUGUUCUUAAUAUUUCUUAAGUGGCAUUGAACAUAUAUUUAAAUAAUUUUUAGUGUGGCAUCAUGUGGCAUCAUUGUGUUAGUAUUGCGCUGCAUGAUAACCAUGCUCUAACCAUGACCUAAAUGUUUUCUAUGUGGUUACUGAUUAAAGUGGCUGCCCUGCAGCAUGUAUAUUUUGCACGUGAUAAGAGCAGGACUAUCUUGCAGCAUAUGAAUUUGAUAAUUCUGUCUGAUUCCUGUCAAAAUAUGUCAUGUUCAAUAUUUAAAAAUAUGGCAACUACUAUCCAUGUAGUUGCCACCUGAUAGUACUAGAAACAGUGUACUAUUAGAUUGUAGGUGGUCCCGAAUUCAUGUACUGUGAACCAAAUCCAUGUUUGUGGUUCUCAUGUGCAGCUUUUAUAGCCCUCUUAGGCUAGCAUUGUCUCUUACCCUCCCAUAUAAGUUGCCUAGGUUUUAGGCAACCCUCUCUUGUGUGAACUCUCUCCUGCCUUAGCCCCUCUUCAAAUGUACUAUGCUAUGUGCUCUGUGAAUUUUUUGUGAAUUUACCCUCCUGACUGUACAUAAGAAACAUGCAGAUGCCCUCAUCAGAAGACUGAGACUUUUAUGUUUGAAGUACAGCUGACUUAAGGGAUGCAAAAGAUAAUCAGAACAGGCUGGAUAAGAUUAUUAUAAUGUGCCUGGACAUGUAGCAUCGAUAGUGCACAAUAGGAAGUGCACUUACUGAAAUGCAGGGAGCGUUUCUCUGCAGUUCCACUAAAGUGCCAUCUUGCACAAUAUGUGUAGUACCUCUGAAAAGCUGGUUUCGAGAAUUAAUUUGUUCGGCAUUCGUAACAGUUUAUAGUGUGCUAAUGCAGACAGACUCGUUAAUUUUGCUAGCGCCCUGCUUGGGGUUUCGCUUACUGUUACUGGACAAGAUGUAAAAUAAAUUAGCAUGAAAGAAAGCAAAGAAAGCAAGUGCAAAAAAGACUAUUGAUGCAGGUGGGUGCAAUAUUGCAUGCACAUCUUUACCUGUCAUACUGUUUAGUGCGUGCCAACUUUAUUUGUGUAAUGUUGAGCGCAAACUUGCACCUAACUUUGUUAUAUUAUUUUGUGUGUGCCAGUUUCUUUAUGCCUUGCACUGUUAAUGGUCUCACUGCAUGCACGUGUGUGGCUUUUAUUGUGCCGCAUAGGCAAUACAAAGUGCUUCCUUUACUAGCUGUAAGCAAAGAGCAAGUUGAGGAAAGAAUAAUUAUACAAAACUUAAGCUUAUAUACAAAGCUUUAUAU